CUAUAAACUUCGUCCAGUCGUUAUUUUGUCAGGCGGUAUUGGCAUUGUUAUUACUUCUAGUUUUCUAUAAUUGUUAUUCCAGUCAAAUUCUCUGCAAUAAUUAAUAUAUUUUUGUGUUCGUUGACAAAAUAAUCAAAAUGUUUAAUUUAGGUGGAGCAUUAAAAAAUAUCACAGAUAAAGCUGAAGGACUGUUGGAAGAAAAGAAAACGGCUGCAACAGCUUUACUCGAAAAACAAGUUAAGGAAACUGGUGAGUUUCUAGCUCAUACAGUUAGUGAUGUUGAAGGAAAAGCUGAGGAAGCAAAAAAAGAUGCUAUCGAAGGGUUUGACCAUGAAAUUGAAAAAAUUGCCGAUGGUGCACUUCAGGAGUCUGACAAAGAUAUUAGAAAUAAUACAGGUCUUGAUCUUGGAUCACUCAUUGAGGGUGUUGUAAAAAAUAUGACAGCACCGCAUAUUGAACCUACACCCACGAUUCUCCCAGCCUCGGAUCCAGCUACUAUCACAGCACCUUCCAGCAUACAAAAAUCAGCCGUGGAUCAAGUAGCAACAGAAGCCAAAACUUUUGUAGAUAAAACUGCUGCAGAUUUAAAACCAGUUUUGGGUCAAGUUGUGCAGGAUAAGAUAAAUCCAUUGGCUCAGGAAAUUGGUAAAAAACUUCAACCAGUAGCUGGAGAUGUAUCGAGUCAUAUUAAUACAGCUCUAGCCGAUGGUGUUAAACAGCUCAAUCCUGUUGUAGACGACGUUUCUAUAAAAGCAAAAUCAUUAGUUGACGAUACCGCUAAACAGGUUAGUGGAGUUGUUGAUGAAAAGUUAAAAGAAGUUGAUCAUCUAAUGACCGAGAAACGUGACGCACUUGGUCAACCGGCUAUAAGCAUGUUUUCUAAGGCAAAAGGCCUGUUCGGCUGUAAGUUGGGUUGCUGUUGUAUCAUGUAACACAAAAUAAAUUUUGCACAAGUUUUUUUUUGUACAGUGUACUCUACGUAUUAUAUCGAUAUACUGCCAUUAAGGUUAAACACAAAUCAAAUUUAAUUUUGACAAUUUUUUUUUUCUUUUUUUUUUUAGUAUUACUUAUUGUUUGCAAAAUUAUAGGAUAUCAGGGACAAAAAAAAUUAUCUAAUGAAUUCAAAAUAAACUUACAAUGAAUGAGAUGAUUUUAGAACAUAUUUAUUUUUUUAUCUCAUAAUUACAAAUCUAAAUUUGUACAUUUAGUGAAAAUAUAUAAUAAAAAAAAAGUAAUAAUAA